CUAAAAAUCGGCCUCCGCCCCUCAUCUUCAUCUUCUUCAUCAUCACCACCAUAAUCUCAUUCUGAACUGAGAAUCAAUCAAUCAAUCAGGAGAGAAAAAUAAUAAGAGAGAAAGGGAUUCGGUAACAAUGUCGCUAACUAUCCCCACAAACCUCUCCAAAUCAAUUUCAACACCUAAAUUGAGCACUCAAUUCGCCGCUAAACCAAGGUCUGCCACCGCCGCCACCAUUGUAUGUCAGGCUAAUUCCUCAGAGCAGCAGUCCACUUCUUCAGCUAAUUCUCAGCUCAAGGCGUUCUCGGCGGCGCUUGCCCUCUCUUCCAUCAUUCUCUCCGCCCCCGUCCUCCCUGCCUCCGCCGAUAUCUCCGGCCUCACUCCCUGCAAAGAGUCCAAACAGUUCGCCAAGCGCGAGAAGCAGGAGAUCAAAAAGCUCGAGUCUUCCCUCAAGCUUUACGCACCUGACAGCGCUCCCGCUCUCGCCAUCAACGCCACCAUUGCCAAGACCAAGCGCAGGUUCGAGAACUACGGUAACCAAGGGCUGUUGUGCGGUUCCGACGGAUUGCCGCACUUGAUAGUGAGCGGUGACCAAAGACACUGGGGUGAGUUUAUCACACCCGGCAUCUUGUUCCUGUACAUAGCUGGAUGGAUUGGGUGGGUAGGCAGGAGCUACCUCAUUGCUAUCAGAGACGAGAAGAAACCGACGAUGAAGGAGAUCAUUAUCGAUGUUCCGUUGGCCAAUAAGCUCGCCUGGAGAGGCUUCAUCUGGCCCAUUGCCGCUUACAGAGAGUACUUGAACGGUGAACUCAUCGAUCCCAAUUACUAAAUUGUGUCUUAAGAGAAAUUUAAAGACACGGAACCGUUGUUGCCGAGAGAGGAGUGAGAAACAAAUCAUUGUAUCUACUGUCUGUAAACUUUUAUCUUUGUACUUACUGUUUUGUUUGAACCAGAAAAUGCAAAUGAAAUCCUCCUUGUUGUUUAUUCACUGUUUU